AUUCACAAAGACCCCCCAAAAAAGAGAAGAAUAAGAUACAGAAAUCCAAUUGUUUUACUUCUUCAAACCCACCCCCCACCAUUCAAUUCAUAUAGGCCCUCUCUAAAUUUUCCUCCAUUUUCACAGCUAAAACAACCUCUAAAACCAUGGCAACCACCUUGUUCACUACACCCACCCUCUCACCCCCCCUCCAAAAACACCCCCAAAUCUCCCCCAAUUUCAAUCUCUUCCAAGGCCUGCGCCCCCUUAAACCUCUAAACUCCUUCCACUUACUAGCUAAAAUCUCAUCCAAAACCCAACCCAAAUCUAGAAGUCCCUCUAAAUUUGGCCCAAAAGCUGAGUUGAACGCAUCUUUGGUAAUAAGCCUCAGCACUGGCUUGUCCUUGUUCUUGGGUAGGUUUGUUUUCUUGAAUUUUCAAAGAGAAAAUGUUGCCAAGCAAGGUUUGCCAGAGCAAAAUGGGGUGACCCACUUUGAGGCAGGUGAUGAUAGAGCUAAGGAGUAUGUUGGAUUGUUGAAAUCAAAUGACCCUGCUGGUUUCAAUAUUGUUGAUGUCCUGGCAUGGGGAUCAAUUGGCCAUAUUGUGGCUUACUACAUAUUGGCCACCACUAGCAAUGGCUAUGACCCAAGCUUCUUUGGUUGAGGUGGGAGAUGGAUGUUGUAGAUCGAUCUGUUCGAACGUGUAGCAAAUGUUAUGUACAGAGGAUCUCUCUCUCUCUCUCUCUCUCUCUCUCUCUCUGAGAUUUGUUCUUUUUCCAUGAUAUGAUUGUCUUCUAAGUUUUAACAAGUACUGGUAAUUUGAUAAGGUAUCUUUCUUGUUCAUGUAUUUCUUUUGGAUGAAGCAUGGCCAAGGAUAACCAUGUUUUCUUUUCAAAUGUUGAUGUGGCUUUCUUUUAAUUUUUGUUCUUUCUAAAUGAUUAUUAUGGCUUUUGGUUAA